AUGGACCCUGAUAAAGCUCCUAACGACGGAGUCCCUGACCCUUCGUACGUUGUGACAGAACCACUAUGCACAACACCGGACGACUCUACAGGUUUGUCUCUGCCCGGCCCAUCACUAGGGGAUGUUCAGAGCAUUGACCAGGCGUCUGUUACACCAGGUGUAUCACGCCAGGAAAGAGCAUGUGCUAAUCUACGUAAGCGAUCGACCAAAGAAGAUGUCAUGUUCGUAACGAACAAGCGACAGAAGAAUUCUUCCAAAGUACGAGAAGCUGCUAUCGCCAACCUACGACAAGGAUGUCGGAAAUCAGCAGGUGGUCUUUCGGCUGACAUGCCCGACACCGGAUCCCCUAAGGAAGACCGAUAUCCCCUCAGGAAUCUGACAAACCCCGGACUGCAGGAGGAAGCAGCCUCAGAACGAGUUUCCGCAGACGACGCUACCACGCCAUCAGCUGUGAACCAGGAUGGCUUUACGGAGGUAGGACGCGCUAUGUCGCUGGGAAAUAGCGCGACGUCUAAACCAGAGACAGCUAGCAAGGCAAAAUCAGUCCAGCCGGUCAAUCGGAAGCAUGCGCUCGCACCUAACACUCAUAAGCGUACCAGGUCGCUGGCUAAAGACCAACACCCAUCUGGCUCUGUGGUCGUCAAUCAAAUCGAUGAAAAGGACGACUCUGCGGACCCGAUGGAGUGCGAGGCGUCCGCCCACGACCCUGCACCACAAGCGCCCUCCCUGGCCACACCCAAUGAGCAGAUGGCGGCCUUAGGGGCUGCAGGCGAGACCAUGCGGGAGAAUGAUGCCAAUGGGGGAGGUGAUCAAGUAUCAGCGAUGCGGCUUUACGAUAUCGAAAACACGGCCAGCGAAUUGCCUGACAGUGAGGAUGAAUUUCUACCGGAGGACUCUCCAUCAAAAGAGCACGACGAAGACCAUGUGCAGCCACGACAAACGACGCACUCUCGGCCUUCAAACUCGAGGCGUGGCUCGCCGAAUUCCAGAUCAGCCGAAUCGACGACCAUCGCAGCAAGUAACAUGAGCGCCUCAGAUGCUCAGUCGCCCUCGACGCUCGGAACAAGAGGACGUCUUAGCCCAAGAGCUUCCCCACUUACGACGCCGGCUGAGUCUCGGAGUGUUUCUCGUCCGAGGAUUGUGAGCAAGAAGACGGCCGAUGUCAAAGAAGAUGAUGCGCGAGCAAUUGAGAAACUGAAAGCCAUGCUCGUCAUGUUCGAGUCUGAUUCCGAGGACGAGGAUGAAGAGGUGGAGUGCGAGGGUGAUUUCCAGCCACUUCCUCCACCCCGUGUCGACCCACUCUGGCAACGACCCGAAAGAUCUCGCAACUUAUUUGACAUCGAUCCUUCUCUCGACAUGACCGACCCAGCCAACCGCUUGGCAGCAGCGGGGAUCUUACCGUCCAGCACGAGACCGUCGAAGAAGAAACUGAUGGGUAACCUCCUGUUGUACCAGUGCGCCGAACGCAAAAAGAGAUUUGGCAAUCCUCACCAAGAAGUGCGCCGCUACCCGGAAGAAGCGCUAGUCACUACGGACGUGCAGCUGGGCAUCGACUUUGAAGCACCAGGAGAUCCGCAGGUUAAGACGGAGAAAGCUACCAUGACGUUUCGAGAAUUUCUGGGUGCGCCGAAGAAUCCGGUCAUCGAGGCCAGGAAGGACCAACUCGUAUUUCGUGAGAAGGAACAGAUGCAACGUGUCGCCGGGAGGAACGGAAGGACGAGACGCAAGAUGGAGUCGGACGUCUUUGCUUUCAUGGAAGGCGGCAACUAA